AUGAUGGACGUCGACACCGUCAACGAGGUCAUUGAGUGCGUCGGCCGCCUCUUCGACCACAUUCCCUACGCCGUCUGCGGCACCGCCGCCCUCAUCUACUACGGCUACCGCUCCUACUUCCCCGAUCACAUCAGUAUUACCUGUCCCGAAGAGUCUAAGGAAGCCAUUCGCUGCUGGGCGCUGGCCAAGGGCAUGACACCGUUGCCCGACAACCCCGAUGGCUUCAGCGUGCGCGUUGCCAGCGGCCGCACUUGUCCCGUAUGCAUCAAGUUUAUGAAGAACGGCUUCGAGGCGCUGGAGCGAGUCCGGGUUGGCCCAGGCCAGGCAAGCAUGGUGACGUUGCCUAGUAUCGCCAACACCAUCGCCCGUAGCUACGUCUCUCGCCUGCACAACUCGUCUACGGAGCGCCAGGCCCUCUAUGCGCGGUACUUGGCCUGGAUCUUGAAACGCAUGGCUGAGGUCCCGCCAACAGAUCCGAUACAGCGCUUUACUCCAGAACGUGCCAAAGACAUUAUAAAUCGAUCUUUUUGGAUCCCCUUCACUCUCUCUUAUCCCGAGACUGUGCCUCUAUUUACGGCUGCCGGUCUUGAGAUCCAGGGCGAUGGUGGGCUAAUGGACUGGCCGCAGAUUGACGCCCCAAGCGUGCCGGCCCAACGGCCAAGGGCUAGGACAUCCACCAGCCGUUAUAGCCUCAACAAUAGCCAUGGCCGCAGCCAGAGCCAUAACUUUGCCAAUACCUACAACUACAACUAUAGCCAGAGCCAGACUCGUCACAGCCUUCACGACUCGGAUCUCUCAGAGUCUGAGAAUAGCACAACACCACCAUCUCUCCGUAGGGUUACCAAGCGGAUACCGAGCUUCCGCCCACUAAUGGUGCCUUCAUUCAACUCGCCGGCGACUUCCGACUCAGGAUUCUCCCAUUCCACUGACGGCAUGUCACCGCAGUUCCUUCUUGCUUCUCCAUUCAUGUCACCCACCACAUUUAUGUCGCCCACCACAGCCAUGGCGCCACCGCCUUUUACAAGCUAUCAUCAGAACUAUCAUCAGAACUUUCAUCAGAACUUUCAUCAGAAUUUUCAUCACUUUAUGCCCCUCUCUCCUUCAGACUCUACACCCUUUAUCCAACCAUUAGGCCCUCCACCAGCACCAAGGAGAUCACUAUCAACUCGUUCCCGUGAUGUGAGGCCGUGGAUAUGA